UCUGGUAUAUAAACGGAGCGCAGGUCAGGGCCAUGGACAAUCUGCUGCUGGUCACUGCUUGGCGGACAACAAAACGACAACUAGCGUUUACAAUCAGCAACUUCUUGAGUUAAAAAGGCUGUAUAUUGUUUCUCCCUCUGUCAGAUCGAAUACCAAAAACCAGCGGCGAUGAACAGCCAUUGUAACGGGACCGGGAAGCAGCUGGUGACAGAUUUCUACUAUAAUAACGGUUUCAGUGAGUUGAGCCUCGAGACCAAGAAGACCACCGUACAGCAGCGGAAACAGCAUGAGACGUCCGGUAAAGAUGCUGAGGAUGAGUCCCGAUUACCGGCACUCGAAGCAGCGUACAGCAGCAUCUUGCGGGGUCUCGGGGAGGACACGGACCGGCAGGGGCUCCUGAGGACGCCUCUAAGAGCCGCCAAGGCAAUGCAGUUCCUUACCAAGGGAUACCACGAGGACGUGUACGACAUCCUGAAUGAUGCCAUAUUUGACGAGGACCAUGACGAGAUAGUGAUAGUAAAAGACAUUGAAAUGUUCUCUCUUUGUGAACACCACCUUGUACCCUUUUUUGGCAGGGUACAUAUCGGAUACCUGCCAAAUAAGAAGGUGGUCGGGCUUAGCAAGCUGGCUAGGAUUGUUGAGAUGUACAGUCGGAGGCUCCAAGUCCAGGAGCGUCUGACCAAGCAGAUUGCCAUGGCGAUAUCAGAAGCUCUACAGCCAGCUGGUGUGGCUGUGGUUAUAGAGGCAGCGCACAUGUGUAUGGUGAUGCGUGGGGUUCAGAAGAUGAACAGUCGAACUGUGACCAGCUGCAUGUUGGGGGUGUUCAGAGAAGAUCCAAAGACUCGAGAAGAGUUCCUACGACUCACCAAGACUGCUUAGCAACCAUCUCUGACCCCUGACCUCUAGCCCCUGCCCUGGCCCUGUAAAGCACAUGUUCUAGGGUAGAGUUCCUAAGACUACUCCAUACACCUCACAGAAGCCUUAUAUACACAAAAGGCAAUGCAGGUUAUAAUGAUGAGAGGCUAUAAUUAUGGUGCCUUCAGCUAACCUCAGCUAGAAAACCUGACAGUCUUAAAACAUGAUCUCUACUGUAUAG